CUCCCCGGCUGUGUGUAAGCCCCGCGCCACUUGACAUGCCCUGAGUCUCCGCAUGUGUGCUUGGGUGCACGCUCGCAUGCCUGCCUGCAGCUUUGCCCCGUUCUGGCUCUGCUCAUGCUACCGGUGGCAUUGCACACCCGCGUGUCCCUGUGCAUGUGUGUGUGCGUGCACACGAGAAGAGAGGAGCGAGCAGAGGCAAGGCAGUCACAUUUCUAGGAAGUGCUGGCAUUCGAUGUGAAGUGUGAAAGCAAACUCUGCCAUCUCUUGGACUGCUGCAAGUGGACAGACCGCCUCACAUAAUGCCAUCUUUUGAUGAGGUUUUGAAAGAAGCUGGAGAAUUUGGAAGAUUUCAAAAGAGGGUCUUUUUCCUCCUUUGCCAGACAGGCAUAACUUUUUCUUUCCUGUUCGCCAGCGUGGUUUUCCUUGGGCAGGCACCAGAUGACUACUGGUGCAGGAUCCCUGGGGCAGCUGAAUUAAGUGAACGGUGUGGCUGGACACUGGAAGAGGAACAAAACUUCACGGUACUUCCCCUGCGCCUGGGGAACAGGUCCUCCAGCGGGGAGUGCGAGAGGCUGGAUGUUGUGUGGGAUGCCUCCAUCAGCUGUGCCAGCCCGCUCGCCGGCUAUGGCAAUCACAGCACAGGCAACCUGCCACUCACCUUGUGCCACGAAAACUGGAUGUAUAAACAGCCCCACUCAUCGAUUGUCAGCGAGUACAACCUUGUGUGCGGCAGCGCCUGGAUGCUGGACCUCUCACAGGCUAUCCUCAAUCUGGGGUUUCUGGCUGGCGCGUUCACCCUGGGCUACGCUGCAGACAGAUAUGGCAGAAUCCUAAUCUACCUGCUCUCCUGUCUCGGGGUUGGGAUAUGUGGUAUCAUAGUGGCAUUCGCACCAAACUUUACUGUAUUUUUGAUCUUCCGUUUUCUCCAAGGCGUGUUUGGCAAGGGAACCUGGAUGACAUGCUACGUGAUUGUGACAGAGAUCGUUGGUUCUGACCAGCGGAUUGUUGGGAUUGUGAUUCAGAUAUUCUUCACCCUGGGAAUUAUGAUUCUCCCUGGAAUUGCGUACUUGGUUCCCACCUGGCAGGGGAUCCAGCUGGCCAUUUCACUGCCCAACUUCCUCUUUCUGCUCUACUACUGGGUGGUUCCUGAAUCUCCACGUUGGCUCCUGACACGCAAAAAGGGAGAGAAGGCAUUAAAAAUCAUGCACAGCAUUGCAAAACACAAUGGGAAAUAUCUCUCACCACAUUACUCAGAGAUCACCGUUAGCAGUGAGGAGGUCAGCAACCCCUCCUUUCUUGACCUGGUGAGGACUCCGCGCAUGAGGAGGAACACACUCAUCCUGAUGUAUGCCUGGUUCACAAGUGCCCUGAUCUACCAAGGGCUUGUCAUGCGCCUAGGAAUUGUGGGAGGAAACCUCUACCUAGACUUCUUCAUCUCAGGAGCUGUGGAGCUGCCAGCUGCUCUCCUCAUUUUAGUGACAAUUGAUCGCAUUGGCCGGCGCCUUCCCUUUGCAAUAAGCAACAUCGUGGCAGGAAUUGCAUGCCUCAUUACUGCCUUCUUGCCAGAAGAUAUUCCAUGGCUCAAAACGACAGUUGCCACACUGGGAAGACUGGGCAUCACAAUGGCUUUUGAAAUCGUCUAUCUUGUGAACACUGAAUUGUACCCUACAACACUCAGAAACUUUGGUGUCUCCCUGUGCUCAAGUUUGUGUGACCUAGGUGGGAUCAUAGCCCCAUUCCUGCUUUUCCGGUUAGCAGCCAUUUGGUUGGAGCUACCUCUAAUUAUUUUCAGUAUUCUUGCAGUUGUCUGUGGGCUCCUGGUCUUGCUUUUACCAGAGACAAAAGGCAUCUCUUUACCAGAGACAGUGGAGGAUGUGGAACAGCUUUCAAGGUAUGAUAUGUAUUUUAUUGCUUCUACUUGGGUGGGGUUUCCUGGGGGCUUUCUCCUCCAACUUUAUCAACUGUCAUAAAUUAUUGAUGUUUUCCAAGUGUCAAAGUAAAUUCCCUAGUCAGGUUGAUAUUAUGAGCAGGUAGUAUUUUCCUCAGUAGAAAUGUGAACUUUUCAGUACCACUAAGGCAGAUUGUUAAAAAGAAGUGUGGAGAUAGAAUCUGUACUUUUCUCAUAAAGACAUGAAGUCGUCCUAUGCACCUCUAGAAGCAGAAUGUAAUAGAAUGCCAGGGAGAUAUUGCAAAGUAUAGCCUGCAACUCUGCUCAAAAAAACCAGGCAUUACUUAAAUCAAAGCAUCCUGUGAGGAAGGGCCCUUCAUCAUGGGAGCACUCUCACCAUUUGUGAAGUUAUUGAAAAAUCACACACAAGGUGAAUUUAUAGCUGAAAAGUUGUAGGUGCCCAGCUUUCCCACCCCUGGCACACACAAGCCAGACUCUUCACUGCACUGCAGGUGUGCACGGAACAGUUACACCUUGGCUAAAUUUCUUGAGGAGCUAGCACUAUACAUUAAUGUUUCGAGCAUUGUAUGGAUAUGACAUGAACAACUUUUGCCUGUUUCAAUGUACAAACUAAAGAAAGAGGAAUAUUCCUACGCAGAAGGUAAAUGUUCCAGUACUGCAGCUUGGACUACAACUUGGACUACAUCCUUUCUUGUUUCUUUCACCCUUAUACCCCUCUCCCCUUCUGUUU